AUGAAAGAUAAAGGUGUCCAUGAUAGCUCACAAAGCGAUGACAACAAUGAGGCAUUGAAACGAUCUCCUUCUUCAGCAGUCGCUUCGUUCUCUAUUCCUGGUGAGUUAAGGAAUUAAUAUCCUUUAGAUCUAAUAGUUUGUUUUUACCUUGUCAUUAAGUAUAGAAAGGUUACAUUACCUAUGAACGCUAGCAUUAGAAAACAUCUAGUCUCACAGGAAGUUUGAAAACAAUUAUUCUCCGCUCUCACUCAUCUCGAUAUUUAUCAUUUUUUCCUAUAUGAAGUUAGAAGAUUUUUCCUCCAAGGGUUUAAAAACGUUUUCAUUGAUAAUUAGAGAAUAUUAAUUAGUUGUAACCAUUACAUGUUAAGUACACAGUCAUUCAAACGUUCAAAAUUUGAUUAACUUUAAAUUUCUUCAAACAGGGCUUUUUCUUAGUAAUUUUUUCUCUCUUAGUAGUCUUUCAAACUUGCCCCUUGCUAGAUUGCUAGAUUAUGAAUAAAACUGUUAUGAAGAUGGAUAAUAUUAAGUCUAUACACAAGACUCACUCACAUAAUUGUCACAGCAAACUAGUUUCUGUAGUGUGGUAGGACUGGUAAGGAAUUAUAUUCUUACUUUCCCCUGGAUUGGCCUGGGAUAGGAUGGUAGCCCCUGGGAAAUUACUCUUGCCUUUUGUUAGCUCUCUUGACAAUAUGCUGCUACAAUCAUUUACAGUUAUGAAAGGGAGGAGAGCUGUUAUGUGAGAGUUUAUAAGUGGCUUCUGCCUAAUUAAACACAGUAAAAUUACCCAGGGCUAGAAUCUGGGGCCCAAUUUCAUUUACCUACAUAAGAGAGCAGCUGUUAAAAAAGUGUUGUUACAAGCCAAUUCUGCUAAGUGUGUUCUUAGUGAAAUAAUUUGGAAAAAGGUCAGGAUACUGGAUAUAUUUUCAUUGCUGAAUAAACAUUUUGUGGUGCAAAUGAGAUUGAGUUUCUGCACUGCAAACAAGGCAGGCCUUAGUGCAUUUAAGUUUCUGCUCCUACGACCCCCUCUGCCUUACCACCUAUACCAGUCCUAAUAAUGUGCAGCUAGUGUAUGUGUGCUGUACUUAUAUGAGGAAAUGCAAAAUAUAGAACCCUGUUCUAAGGAAUGAUGGCCAGUAAUUAUGUAGAAGCUGUUACAGAAACUAUAAGAAACUAUAAGAAAAUUCUCAAACGUGAUUGGUUAUCACCAGCCCGAUUUGAGUAUGAAUAGGACAGUGCAUGUGUCAUGCUUGUAAAUGGACAGAGUAAUUGAACAGUUAAAGGGACAUUUAACACGUCAUGCCUGUAUAAGUGGGACUGUGAGUUGUCCAAUUCAGUCUGUAUUCAUACUUGUGAUUAACAAAUUGGACUCCCGCUUGGUGGCCGUCUGAGUUCCUUAAUUGCUUAUAUAAUUACAGACUAAAUUGGACUCCUUGUAGUCCCAUUACCAUUAUUAAUCAAACUAUGUUAUGUCCACCAUUCCUGUCAUAUGAUUUUGAGCUUAAUAUAUAAUUUUAUCCCACAGAUAUAAAGCUGUUUGAAAAGGAGUCUAGAUCAACACAGCUUGUUUUUAGCUACAAAGGAGGAAAAAAGGUCAGUUACUGGUGCCAGUGAAUGUAUAUGUUGGCAGUGUACAUUUAAGAUAUUACCAGAACUAUAGCUUAAAACAGUAUAAUAAUUCAGUAUUUAGAAUGAUUUCCUAGCUUGUGGAAUAUUUGUUUUUAUAAUUGAACUUUAUUGCAAAUUAUGAUUAAUCUUGUAGGUUCCAAAACUUAGAGAACCUAGAAAUUUAUUUGCAUUCAGCAAAGACAAAGGACAGCAGGCCUCUCCAAGAUGGUAAGGAAAAAAAAAAUAUAGGCAUGCAUAGCAUGGAAGAGUUAUUUUUUUUGGUUGGGUAUGUUGAGAUGGGAUACUUUGGGUUCCUAAUGUUUUCAUAACUUUCAAAGGGAUGAAAAUGUCAUUUUACUACACUUUAAGAGAAAGAAAUAAAACCUAAUUUACCUAAACUCACACAGGUAUUUUGUGGUCUAUUGUCUCUAUUGUCCAAAUACUUCUGAGCAAAAAUAAAAUGCAUUGGUGCCAUACUUGCUGUUGUCUUCUUCACAGCUGUUGUUUGGUCUUGUCACACAAUGCCCUCUCCUAAGCUUCCUGUUUGGAGAGAGAGCGUGUUGCAUGACGAAACCAAAUAGUGGUUUCAAUAGAACCUACACUUACAACUGUUCCUCUAACAGAGAGAAUAUCAAAAUUAUUAGUCUACAGUUAGUCCCCUCAAACAUAUCACUCCAUGUACCUAUAAUUUAGCCAUUAAAAGCAAAUUGAAACUCUGUUCUUUCUUUAAGUGAAGAUACGCUGAACAAGGGAAUUGGAUAAUAUUUCAAGGAGGGCUCCUUGAUUGGUGGUUGCCUAUCUGGACUUUGCCCCUUGAGUGUGAAACAUGUGAUAAAAUGCAGUUUGUUUACAAGGAAUCAACACAUGAUGGGGUGAAGUCCAAGGCACCUAAGAGUGAAUUUCAUUCGUAGGAAAAGUCAAAACAUGGGAGAAUUGCAUGAAAAAGCCACUAUCAGUAGCAUUUAGUUCCAUGUGAGUUUUUUUUGUGUGGUGUUGGAUAAUGCAGUUAGAAUAAGUGAUAAAGUGCAGGUUGUUUACCAGGAAAUGACACUUGAUGGAGCAAAGUCUAAUGUGGCAAAAUGGAAUUCGAUCGAUGGAAUACAAUUCAAGCACGUGAAAAAUUGCCUAAUGUUCAUGUAGUGCAAUAAUUGGGUGUGUUCUGAUUGGACUUUGGACAUUGUUUUCAUAGUGCGUGAUGGAACGUUAGUUGUUUGGCCUGUACGUUGUGAGAAAAGGAGUGGAAAAAACAUUUUUAACUAAAAAAUUAUACAAAAAGUCAAAUGUGUACCCUUUUAUAUCACGAUAAAUAUCGAUUUUAAUCGAUGAGGUCCCCGGUAAGGCAACAACCAUUACACUUAUCAAAUGCAGCAAUCUGAUUGGUGCAAGAUACAUACCAUAAUGCAGCAAACUGAUUGGUGUGAGAUACAUACCCUUAUGCAGAAAUCUGAUUGGUGUGAGAUAUAUACCCUACCAUGGCAAUCUGAUUGGUGCGAGCAACAUACUAUUCUACACACUAACUUUUUUCUGAAAAAAAAUUUAAAAUUACAAAUACGUCUGAGACAUAAUUUUUUUGUCUCUGGUUAUAAAUGAUUGUUCAGUAAUUUUUUAAAUAUUUUCUAUAUCUGCCAGUUAAGCACAACUCAAACUUAUGCACAUCAAUUAAUUUAACUUUUCACGGCCCAUGGAACUCAUAAUGUUCUUUUAUAAUAUAUUAAUGUUUAUUAUGGCAGGCCAUAUCAGAUGAAGAUUUUGCCGACAAGGCCCAAACACAUACAGUACAUUCCAAGAAAUUCAGAACCUUUCAUUAAGCCAGGUUUGUAAUCAUAUAUGUAAACUAUUUAGUGUUAAAAAAGGGAUUUGUCUUCAUUAGCAAGAAAUAACAAAAUACAAUUAUUAUUGUAAACUUUCCUUUUUGUUCAGAAGAUUAUUGCUGUUUGCUACACAGAGGCCUCCAGCUGUAGUUAUCAUGUUGGGAGCAAAUACUUAAAAGCUGAAUCUUAAAACUUGACAUUAAAAACAUUCUUGAAGUUAACUUUUCCCAAGGAUUUAGUUGAUUAACAUAACUGCCUUUAGGCAAACAGGAAUUAUUGCUUUGUCAUCAUGAUGGAGUCUCAUAGGUUUUGUGUUAUUGUUAUUAAUUAUUAUUAAUUAAGAAUCUUCAAUCUAUAAGUUGCCAGUGAACUUAAAAGUUUUCUUUUGUUUGCUUUUCAGAGAAGACAGCUGAUGAUGAAAGUCUAACAAAGUUAUCUCGUGAAGAUGGUAAAGUUGUAUAUAACAAUGAACCAGGACCUGAAAAAUAUGUAAGUUAUCUCUGAGGAAAUUUUAAUCCUCAUGUGCUCUUUUACUCGGAAGCUGAUAAAAUUUUAAUUUAGUGUUCACACUUUGACUGUCUCUUUGUGCGGAUUUAAUUUCUAGUUUCUCAGGUCACGUGUAGGUGGAACCCAGAUUUCUAACAAACCUUUUUACAAGCUCAAGUCUCCUGAGGACUCUACUUUACUAUUUGAAUCUCGGUUUGAAUGUGGAAAUCUGUUGAGGGCAGUGAAAGUGUAAGUGAAAUAGACUUAUAAUUAUAAUGAAUUAUUUACAUUUAUUCAGCUGAAUGUAUUUGUUUAUUAUUGAUCUACUAGUUGAAUUUUUUACUUUUUCAUCGUAGUAAUGAUGCUGAAUACCAGUUGUGGCUUAGAAAUGAUUUGUACACCAACAAACACACACAGUGGUAUUACUUCAGAGUUCAGAACACAAGACCAACUGUCCGGUAUAAGUUCACCAUCAUGAACCUCCUUAAAGUAAGGGAUGGAUCAAAGUUUUCUCUAUUUUUGCUCAUAGUCUAAGCAGUUUUCCAUUGGAAGUGAUUUAUCAUUGAAUUUCAUUGUUAAAUUUUGCUAUAAUAUAAACUGUGUUAGAUAUCACCAAUCAGCCACUGACAGGUCACUUGCCUUUGGCACUACUGUGUCAGUGUGAUGAAUGAAUGACAAAGUGUUCAUCAUUCUCAAUCUAAGGCUGUUUCUGGAAAAUUUUCUUGCAUGUGUUGUUUAUAUAAUAAAAAAAAUAAUACAGACUUUGGUCUUGAUUUAAUGAAACUAAACCAGCAGUAGGUAAUUGUGAAAUGGCCCUACUCUUUAUUUUAAUAGAUAUUUAUUUGUCUUAGUCUGGUAGCUUGUAUAAUGAAGGAAUGAGGCCUUUAUUUUACUCUGAACUGGAUGCAGCAACAAAGAAAAUUGGCUGGAUUAGAACUGGAGAAAAUAUAAAGUACUACAAGAAUGCCAUCAAGUGAGGCCACAGUUUUGUUUUCCUUUCCUGUUACUUGUUAAUAAUUAGUCUGUAAAAGGUGGAGUGUAGAGGCUUUAAAAGCAAGUGUUUUGUAAAUUUUGAUUCUAGUUAGAGCACAUUUAUCCCCUCGUUGAAUUUAUCAAUACUUUGAAUCCAAUGGUAGGAGACGUGGUUGUAUUGUAAGGGUGCUGGUCUACAGGUUGAAAGAUCCAGGUUUGAGACUUGGGGAUCAGUGAGCUGUGUUCUUGGGCAAAACACUUUUUAUUUACACUGGAGUAUAAGUGGGUACUGGUGAUUUGUCAGGGAAGCCUCAUGAAAUGCUGGGAGAUGACCUUACGAUGGACUAGCAUCCCAUCCUGGGGGGUAGGGGGGUGGGUAGUAGAUAUAUUCCUAGUUGUUCCAUGCUUUAUGGAAACUGAGAUAAGCUCUAGCUGGAUGGGCCCCUUGUCUCCAGUGCAGACUUCACCUUCACCUUCGCCUUCACUUUGAAACCAACAACAUUGCAGCUUAGUAAUCUCAAUUGCAAGUGGUACUCAGUAGGAGGUCUGUGAGAGGGGUGGGUUCAACCCUGUUAAAAACCCCAAUCCUUUUUUAUGUUUCACUUUCUGCAAGUGCCUUAAUAGAUAAUGACCACAGCCAACAUGCGAGAAUAAAUUUAUCACUUGCACCUUUCUUAUUGACAUGGGCAUAUUUCAGGUAAUCCGAAUAGACAAAAGUGUUCCUACUAUGAACCAUACCUGAGAGAGAAAGAUUCCUGAAAAGGCACAUUGGUUUUCUUACCUAGAAAUUUCUCCUACUAGACAAAAUUUCAUGUUAACAGUCAAUCAGUUGUUGUUUGUUAUUUCAGACGUGAAGACACAACAAAAGAAAAGUACCAUUACUCGUUAACAUGGACUUGUGAAUUUCCCAAUGAGAAUGACACGUACUAUUUUGCCCACUGUUAUCCAUACACCUAUUCUGACUUGCAGGUAAGUUGAGUGUUUAUAUUAAAAUACCUACAGAUGUCCCAGAAAUGUUUAUGAAAAGAAUUGUUCUUGUUAAAUUGGACUGUUUAUUUUCAGUGACCUAUCCACAGAGUAGAUGGUGUGCUUAAUUAAACUAUAUGCUUGUAUGGAAAAUACGUCUAAACACCAUGGCAUUGGGAAAUAACUAACUGACUUUCUGAACUGAUUGAAUAUAUGACUGUUGAACUUGCUAAGUAAGUUUAAGACUGACUGGCUGAGUGGUGAAGCACUGAAUGAAUGAAGGAUUUAUUGACAGACUGACUUUACAGCUGAGAGGGGAACUGAUUGACUAAUCAACUACUUGGAUGAUUAUCAGAUCGGGUGGUGGACCAACUGGAAGACUGAUUGUCUGAUUGACUGAUUGUUAGACUGACUCUUUGAUCAAACGAUCAACUGACUGUUUAGCUUACUUACUCCCUGAUCGACCGACUGACUGACCGACUACUGAGUGACUCUUAAGUGCAAUACAUACUCGAACUAUAUUAUUUCAAUUAUUUUCAUCCAGGAAUAUCUUCAAAACUUGAGGAACGACCCAGUGCGAUCACGGAUAUGCAAACAAAGAGUGUUAUGCCGGACUCUUGCCGGCAACUUUGUUUACACACUCACUGUCACAAACCCAUCAAGAAGGCCAGCUGAUGCUGAGGUAUGGAAUGGAACUUAAGUAUUUGUGAACUUGAAUCUUCUACAUCGAUACUGCAAUCUAUACCUUGUGCAUAUAUAUAAUUUAAAAAAGUUGCAACUUUGUCAAAGCACACAGCACUGAAGAGUUCUGUCAGUUUUUUAAACCCAGACCUAUCAAUCUGGUUAGACGUCUGCAUCAUCGUCAUAUUGUUUGUGCAUCUUGAGAAUAUUCAUCUGAACAAGCUAGGUGGUCAUUUCAGAUUUGCAAUCCAAUUUGAUCUUCUCUGGUAUGGUAGUUGGCGCGCCAGACUCCGCGUUAAGAGGUCUGGGUCCUGACCUUGGUCAGAAUCGUUUGGACGUGUCCUUUGGCAAAACACUUUGCUAUCACAGUCCCUCUCUCUGCUGUCAUGUUAGGACAAGUGAUUUUCAGAGCGGCCGCGCUUAUUUAGAAACUCCCAUAAAAAAGUAAACAGUAAAAAUACCCGUUUAGAAUCGUAGGCUAAGAGAUAAAUGGAAGAGAAAGGAAGUAUGACCAUUUCAAACUAAAAAAAAAACAUAGUUUUAUGGGAAAGUGAAAGUUUUGAGGUUGUUUUAGUCAAAGUUGUUCCCCCUACGUUAGUACCUAUUGAUAGUUUUGCUCUCGCACGCGGCGCUCUUUCGAGGGUGGUGCUGAAUUGCGUAAACACAUUUCUAUCAUGGAAACUUAACGAACGAACAGUUUACGGAGGAAGGGGGAGGGGUUAUUCACGACAGACUAGAAUCCCGACCAUGAGAAGGGGUGACAGUCUGUUUAUGGUGCAGAAACUGAGAAGAGCUUCGCCAGCCAUGCAAGUCAGUCUUGUUUCAAGACUUAUAUUUAUUUUAUGUUUUCGUUUAUUUGAUCCCAGGCCAAACAAGGAGUGGUAGUGACGGCAAGAGUUCACCCAGGAGAGACUAACUCAAGUUGGAUGAUGAAAGGACUUUUAGAUUAUCUAACAAGCAACGCUGCUGACGCAAAGGUUAGUGUUUUUUCCACUUGGAGCACCUUUUGAUCGACUCAUAUCGGCUGAGUAAGGAACCAAUGAGAAUUCAUAGACUUUGAUGCCAUGGGUGCGAUUUAUUUCACUCUACCGGGGAAUCUUCGUUUUUGAGGUCUUGAACGUCCUGAUGUGUAGAGCGUCUGCCGCUGAAUUGGGUGUCGCAAAUCAAAUGCAAAGUCACAACGACCAAUCAGAACAUGGAACACGCAAGCAAGCUGCUGGAAGCGCGGGAAACGCCGCUGGGUUUGUGCAAGAGUUGCAUGUGAUUUGUUGCGAGAAUGCCGCUGGUUUUCCUGUCCAAACACAGAGCCUUAAAGCAAAACCAAUACAAUCCCAGAAUUCUUUCGACACCCACUGGAAAAUUACGUUUGGUGAGUCUCGGUGGAAACAAUCAUUUCACUCAUUUUUCACGGUCCUUAUUGCUCCGUAGCUCCUCCGUGACAUGUUCAUUUUCAAGAUUGUUCCUAUGUUAAAUCCUGACGGAGUCGUUGUUGGUAACUAUCGGUGUUCACUAGCCGGGAGAGACCUGAACAGGAAUUACAAGACAGUGCUGAAAGAUUCGUUCCCUCCCAUUUGGCAUGUCAGGAAUAUGGUUCGCAAGUAAGGAGCUCCGUACUAGAAAUAUCUUUUGUAAAUUCAUUAUUUGCUAUUGAGCUAAGCCGUGAUCGGGCGUUUCGUUCUUGGAAUGGGGAGUGGAAAAGGGGGGGGGGUCGGCGGGAAAAAAAGAAAGAAAACGACUGAACAUUAACUCUUCCAACAAAUAACAAUACACAACUGAUUGAAGAUUAUUGAAUAUCGCAGGUGAUAGAGGGUUUCAAUGGGGUUUACCGAUAGCCUUAAAGCGACCCAAACAGGCGUUAAAAUUGGUUUAUUUUAACCGUUAGUCGUAGAAAAAGUUAACCGUUAGAAAAACUUCUGGGUAUGACAAUGGAAAGAUAUUAAACGUUAGCCGUAAAUUGGCCAAAAUUUCAUCCGUUAGCCGUAAAAGCCAUCACCCCAUUUAUACCCCCUCGACAGGAUCAACACAAAAUUCCUCGAACUAAAAUGAUGACAUUUGAUUGACUCUGACGAUGACUAACGCUCAGAUUUUCGAAAAGUCACUUAACGUCACCUUUUAACCCUUAAAACCCUACGGGUGACCAGAGUCUAAUUUCUCCUUACAGUAAUAUUACUGAAUCAUCGUCAAUACCAAUGGGAAUUUAUAGAGAAGAGUGCGGAGAAAAUGGAUUCUGAUGUGAGAGUGUGAAGUGUUAAGGAUAUAUCCCACCCACACGAUUAAACUGCAGAUCGACUGUUAACUGCUGGUUUGAAGCCAUGUACUUCAUAAUGUUGAAUUUUUCAUGGACUUUUUAUGAGUUCGUAAGACUCCCAGUCCCCUCUAUGGAGUCUUUACGCUCGACAAUCACUUUAGUCAGUGACACAAUCACUUCAGUCGGUGAACUGGGUCAUAACACACCUAGCAUUUUGUUUUGUUUCUUUUUCGUUGUUGUUGCAGAUUAUUAGAGGAACGUGACAUAACAUUAUACUGCGAUCUGCACGGACACAGUCGCAAGCAGAAUGUGUUCAUUUAUGGCUGUGAAAAUCGCUUCGAUCCUCUGAAGAGAUUGAGAGAAAGAGUUUUUCCUGUGAUGGUAUCUAAAAAUGCCCCUAGCAAGGUGCGGUGCAAGGAUUAAUUUGUUUUCCAGUAGUGUCCAUCGUUUCUAAAACCUGGGGGUAAUAAAAGCAAUUGAUCAAAGGAAAAUAAGCCUUUUUAGAUGGAGAACGAUUUCGACUCAUGUGAAGACUCAUAAGGUGCGGUAACUUUGAAGGUUUUUCCGUGAGAAGUAGUAUAAUUUGGCGGGAAGCAAUUGUUGCAUAGACUUUUUGGGCUUUUCAUACUGGCUCCUAAGAAAAAUGUUAUAAAAAAAAACACAUUGCAUCAAGGAAAGGUUCAGUUCUAAGUGUUAUCAAUAUACAGUGUUCUCAGUGUACUCUUGCAACAUUGAUCAUUUCAUUAUUUCUUCACAAUCUUCAUCUCCUUUGAGUCGAGAUUAAGUACAAAUUGGAAUUAGGAAUUAAAAUUGUGUAAACGUUUUGGCAACAAAUUUCCUUUCAAAGUGCAGAUCAGUCUGUCAAAAUUUUAAGCUCCAUAAGUUACACUUGUUGUGCUUUUCCAACAGUUCUCAUACAAAGGUUGCAAGUUUAAAGUACAGAAGAGCAAGGUUUGUAAAAUAUAAUAUUUCGCUGGUCACGAUUGUGCGACAUAUGCAUCCCAUCACUUGCCUCGGAAUACACACUGAGUGCGCUUGACAACACAGCGGUCAAACGUAAGGAAUGCGCAAGGGGAUAAAUUUUGACCGGCCGCGAGCUAAAUUAGCGCGCAAAUUUUCCCUGGAAAACAGGAGCAAUUGCUGUAACGCAAAUAUGCGAAACAGAAAAAAACAUCUAAGCGUUCAUUUAAAUCUGUAACAGAAAACAAGAGUAGGGGAAUGGAAAGCUCAAGACUUGUUAUACCCAAAGCUUCUUUAAUCACGAGUUUCCUGCUGAUUUACAAUUUUCUUUUGAGCUUUAUCAAAAAUGUUAUACGGUUUUCAAAUACCGCAAAAGCCUGAAAGCUUGUCACGUAGCCUCUAAAGCGUUCGCACAUGCGCAGACGUUUUACCUCUGUGUUGCGCUGGACUCCCUGUUGAUAAGUCUGGAUUAAAAAAAAACUGACAGAACUCAUCUGUUCUACGCUCUUCGACAAGACAAUUGACUUUCUGUCUGUCUCUCUCCAGAAAGACUGAACGUCGACUUGUGAAUAGACAGACAACUAGAUAGGAAGUUAGGAAGACCGAUAACCAGCCAGAUAUACAGUCUUUCCAACAGACGCUCAGACCGAAGAAGACGGAUAAUUAGACAUUAAUUAAGAAACACAAAUUUUAAACUUCUUACAGGAAGGAACAGGUCGGAUUGUUAUGUGGCAUAUGGGGAUUUUGAACAGUUUUACUAUGGAGGUGAGAUUAAACUUCUUGCUCAGUCACGAGCGAAAUGUCUAGCUCUUUCUGCCUUUUUUUUUUCUGAACUCUUUUUGGGUGCGCGUGGCUUGAGAAAGCACAAGAAAUCCCUUGUGUUUUGGGUUUAUUUCUUCCCGUCUUGUGAUUUUGCAUCGCAGCACACUGUUUUUUCUAGUUUUCCUUUCAUUUGAUGGCUUAAUUUUCUUCGUCACCUGAGUUUUUAUUUCGAGUGUUCCUUCCAUUUAAAGGCUAAAUUUUCUUCGUCGCUAAAACGACUCAAAAUGUUUUUAUGUUACGUAUCGCCCCCGCCGGUAAAGGUGUUACAUGUUGAGCGUGUUUUUCAUCUCGCUGUGUUUUUUCCUGCAGGCGACUUUUUGCGGCUCGUCAAUUGGUAAACGCGCCGGCUAUCAUUUCAACACAGUGGACUUUGAGUCGAUGGGAUACCACUUGUGUGAUACUCUACUAGAUUACUGUGAUCCUGAUGAUUCAAAGGUAAGAGGUCGUCUUCUCCGUACGUCACCAUUUGUGCAUCGUUGCCCAGGAGUUUCGAUGGGGGCCUUAAGCAGUUAGGACGAAAACACCGAAGACGUCGAUUAUAAAGACUAAUUGUCGAUUGAUUCAUUUACCAUUGCUGAUAUUGUCUUGUUCACAGUUUGUAACUAUCUUACGAGUGCUGGAGUUGAAAAUGAAGGCGGAUAUAUUGGAGAGGAUGAAGCGAAAAGGCACUGCAGCACCUACCCUUACCGAGUCUGACAUAGAUCUUGACCUCAAUUAUACUUCUGAUAUCGAAUCAAGGUAGGUUUGGUCUUAAAACCUGUAUUUAACCGUGUCCUCUGGGACUGUUGGCUCAACCUAUCCAAUCACAUGUCGAACUCAGCCAAUCAGAGGAAGCUGUCGUCACCUGUCCUUCACCUCACGUGAGUUUUCCUGCACAAAACACAACUUUUGAUCGGCUCAUUUCCUUCUUAAAUGCCGUCAUAGUCAUUGACUUUGUGAUAAGUUUGACGGGUCUACGUGUGUUGUAUAAGCAAAAUCAAAGUAAUCUAGACAGCUAACUAGGGAAAGGUAAAUUUCAUUACAAGCCUGAAUGGGCUUUCAAGAGGUAAAAAGCGUGGGAAAACGCGAGUGAUAGUCGUGAAUGGUUGAAGUCUUGCAUUUCAUUGGCUCAGAAGGUGGCGCGUGUUUCCAAGACCAAGACCAAUCACACAACGUAAUGAAGGACAACCACUGCAUUGUGGGAUUAUUAUUGAUUCUCACUUGAGAUUUGCCCGCCGCUUAUUUCACCUGAAAGAAGGGGCAGUGUUUAUUUCAAUUUGUGUUUUAUUUCCAGCACCGGCGGUUCAGACAGCUCUAUGUCCGAUGGUCUGCCAAUGCAUCUCAUUUAUGCUCCUGAAGGACUAAAGAUGGUGAGUCUUUUGAUUGAUGAAAGAUCAUCUUGUAAUUACUGACCUUCACAAAUUGAUAUGAUCUUACCUUUGGUACUGUUGUGUUCUGAAAUAAAAUAGUAUACUGAUCAAGAACCACGCAAGAAGAAGCUGAAGACGAGAAAGGAACGGAACAAGCGGCGAGCCAAAGCUAUGAAAGUCAAGGACGUUUUGCUGGCUGAUGUUGUGACGCGGUCUGCGGUGAGUGACAUGACAUUACGACUGACUUGUUUCCUUUUACGUUUGUAUCCUAUGAUAUCAUAGGGUAUAGAAUGCUCAGUUGGAGCACAUUUUGUAGGGUGCUCCACAACAAAACCGAAGUAUUCAAAACAGCCAAUCAUAGCAAAGGACAAUGCCACAAGGAGCCGAUGAGAACUGGCUCAAAGUAAAAACAAGCAAAUUGCCCAAAGCGCGGGAAAACGCGGGUGACCAAGUCGUGAUUGCCCUCAGUUUUGAAUCUGAUUGGUUGAGAGGGUGGCGCUGGUGUUUUGGACCAAUCAUAAAGGGAAUUUAUGCAACACCAAAGCAAUCCCGGAUGACUUUCGACGCUCAUUUGAAAAUUUCUUUAUAUUGAUGCAACUCUCUGUACUUUUAGAGUACUGACGUCAUUUUUGUUUUCUGCUAUUUUAGCAAGACCAAGAGCGAGCGACAGAAGUAAAGUUAAUUUACCAGAAACAUCACCCAAAAGUGAGUUGUUGGGAAUAAAUUGCUUAUUAUUUUCGAAAAUUUGCAACUCGAGCAGUCUUGUUGGUAGAAAUCACACUUCUGUAGAUGUGUCAGGUUUUAAACUCUUUUAAGGGUCUAAUGGAAUGGAUGAUUGAACUUCAUGCCAGCUUCUGUUUCAUGAAGUUUUAUCUCCAUUAUUUUGUCUACCCACCAGGUAAUCGUAAAACCUUCCUCGGUAUGUUUGAAAAGUUUCCAUAGCUUAGCAAUUUGUCUGAGAUUGGAGCUCUAUUUGUUAAGAGUGAAAACGUCAAAACACACUUAAAAUGUCUUAAGAUGUCAAACACGCUGAGAAGAUCUCAAUUCAGACACGCUCAUUAUCGGUAAGAUUGAACCAUUUUCCUUCCAAUAUCGUGCGGAGCACGUGGAAAACUAAAAAUUGUAAUUAAACACUUUGUUAAACUUUGUCUAGCGGUCUGCUCUUCCCAGUUCCGCGCGGAUGAAGUUAGACAAUCCACAGCCACGGAAGCAUGAGCACAAAAGCGACAGCAGACCGUGUACACCGAUGGGCUCACUGAAGUUGGAUGGUUCUGCAUGCAGGGUAAGUACUAAAGUAAUGACAGAAAGAGAAAAAAAGAAUAAGAGGGAUGAGCGAAGGCCGGGAACUAGAGCAGUAACGUUUGUGAAAAAUCGUAUAAUUAUUAAUAAAUAGAGAAUGUUACUUGGGUGCGCGUACAUAUGGAGUUUCUCUUUCGAGUGUUCAACUUGACAUCUGAACACGAGAAGAGAAAUUCCACACCUAAAGGCAACCUUGUGUUAUUUUGUUUAUUACAUAAACGCCGUAGGCAUUUACUGACGAGAUAAUUCGCCAAACGACCUUGGAUUGAGAAUGGUGAACGCUUUGCCUUUCAUUAAUCAACAGGACAGAGUGACGUGAUUGGCAAAAUCAAAGACCCGUAAAAAAAUUAUCGUAAAUUUUCACGUGUGCGGUGACGGCUUUUCUCAGGGCUGGAAAUCCUGGAAAUGCAACGCAGUUUUUAUAAUAAAAGUAUUUAUUAACAGUUGAACUCUUGUUUUUAAAAUUCGUGUGCCUUCUUUAAAGAUGAAGUGUGGUUUUCCCACAGCAGGAUUACCUGGAAGCUGUCACUAAUGCUUAUAUGAUGAGUGGCGUGCUAGUAACUGAGUCAAAAGGUGACUAACCUCUCUUAUGAUGCAGUGUUCAGUUUUGUGCGCUAACCAGGCGUUCCCCUUUCGAUCUCCUAGGGAAUCAUUGUGCUGUGUUCUUGAGCUAACCUCAAUUUUGCGUAAAUUCCUCUACCUCCUCAAUUCCCAGAAACUUUUCCUAUAAUUGUAAAUGUAAUUCCUUCUUUAAUGCUUGUCUCAGUCACUACAAUACUACCCCAAAAAAGAAAAUUAAACAGAGGAUGAAUUGAACUUAAGUACAUAUCGUGAAAAACCAAGAACGAUAUUCUUAAAUUUGUCUUAUAUCGCCCACCUCACAUUUCAUCUCAAUCUACUGUUUGAUUAGUUGUUGCCUCUUUGAUGUUCGUGCCAAAGUUUAUUAACACUCUAACAAAAUUAUUUUUAUGAUUAUAACAAAAAUCAAAAGUAACGUUUGUACACUACACUGUAUCCCUAUUUCAUUUUCACUGCCUUUUGUUUAUUAUUUUUUUUUAUCAGAGGUUCCCCAUUUUCGUUACACUGACGGUUCUACUUAUCUGAAAGAGACCCCAGAAAGGACUGGCAAGUGAGUUAUAAAUCUGUGGAGUUAAUAACACUUGGAAACUUAUUCUUUACUUAUUCAGUAGACUUUGAGGAAUUUGUUUAAAAUGUAGAAGAGGAAAAUUUUACCUGCUCGGCUGAGUUAACCUUGAAAACAUUGCUUCCCACACGGACACGUUUUGUCUUAGGCCUCCAUAACUGAGAGGUCGGGCAAGGACGUUUUAGAGCGCGCGAAACUAGCAACAUGUCGAGUGUUCUUUUACCCCACAGUUGUUGCAGGUUAUUCAUCUUAAGCACUCAGUUGUUGAUCCUGGAAAAAUUGCUAUCCAACAGAUUGUAAUAAAUAGAGAGGUUUCCAAAGCAGUUGCGUUCCCUUUGUGAUCCAAAAUCAUUAGUGCUCACGUUUCCUGAUCACAGACAUACAGGGAUGCGGCACGGAAGACCACAGGCAAUUUGCGAACACUUCGGUGAGCGACUGGUGACCAAUUUCCAAUUUAAAGCGCGAAUGACCAUGAGGGGGUAUUCUCUUCCACCUUGGUGCCCGUGUUAUUAUUAUUUUUUUCUGUAGUAGAAAGGCCCUAAUUACGAAACAGGAUACGUGAACAAUUCCAUCAGGCUUUAUGUCAUUUGAUCCAAAUUUUACGCUCAUUCUGCUAGUUUGAGUCGCUGGUCUGUCGCCAGUCCCGCGCAGCCUCAAGGAUUUGAAAUAAGUGAGGAGGAGGGACACUUCACGGUGUCUUAUUUGGCAAAACAGUUGGAAAAAGCUACUGGUAUGUGAAAAAAUGACAUGAGCUUUGUCGAUUUAAUGUUAAUGAUAAGUUAUGUUAAUGACAAUGAUAUGAUUGAAAUUUGUAGUAGUUUAUGUGAAGAUGUUUUACAAGGUCAGUAAUUUAUGAUAAUUUAUGAUGCGAUGUUUGACGAGGUCAUUAAUUUAUGAUAAUUCAUGGUAAGAUGUUUUACUAGGUCAUUGCCCAUCAGUGCUCCGUUGUUUCGUAUCAUUUACUGUACAGUCUAUCGCUCUUUCUGUAGAUUGUGCGUAUGUAGCACCAAAAAGUCGAAAUGAAAAGAGAAUUAGCUCAGCUCUUGAACUGGCGCGAAAAAUUACCAUGUACAACAGCCGCUACAAGACGGCCGGGAAUGAAAGACAAGAGCCUGUGGUCCAGCCAACGCCUCUACUAAGACCCAGGACUCCUGUGCAACCAUAUCCGUAUUUUCCAUGGCAACCUAAAGGGGACUGUUUGUCAAGUACUAAGGUACAGAUCGCUGAACAUGACAACUCUCUAUCAUCGGAAGAGAUUUAGAACAGCUAAUGCCUCCUAGUAGCUUCUUAACUUAACUUUUUUAUUCCCGAACAACAACCUUAAAUUCCAGUUUAAAAAGCCCUCUGUUCAAAGAUAACAGUGCAGGGAAAUUUGUAGAAGUAUAUUCCUAUGGUCAGGGAAUAAUAAUGCGAGGCUGUGUAGUAUCAGGACGGUGUAACCUGAAUUUUUUGUCAAAAGUUGGAAAUUUGGUUAUUCAGGGAAUGAACCUUGUUGUUCACAAGUGCCAAUUCUUUUAAGGCAAACAGCACAUUUAUCUCGUACGUACCUCUUUGCCUCCUUCACGUCUAGCCAACCCGCUUUCGGUCGAAGAUAUGCAUAGCAAACUUAAAUGGAGCGUUUACAGUAAUGCGUGAUUGUAUUGGUUUCUGAAAAAGAGCUAAGAUUUUUAUCGAAGGAAAUGGAAGACUCGUUGAUUUGUCUGCUGUUGUAUUAUUUUUAAGGCGCGUUUGUACGAACCGAAACCCGCGAAAGAACAAGAAGUGAGAAAGUCCUGGUCUCAGAUUUCACUGGAAGAAAGAAAAACGAAAAAACUCAGCCAAAAGAACUCCGCGAAAAAGAAAGCCCUGUCUGUUGCAGCCACUGAAGCAACAAGUUGGCAACAAACAAAGGAAGAAACGCCGCGCGUACUCAAAAAACGUGAAGGUUGCUUUUUUUUAUUUUGUUUCUGUUCACUCUAUUAAUGGAUGCUAUAUCCUCAUUAUAAAACGAAACCCCUUCUGUUGAGUACCGUUAUUUUACUAGAUGGAAAAUAAAUCAUACCUGUUUGUUAACUUUAAUUCAGUUCAACAGCUCGAGCCCCCAACUAUUACCUCCACUUCAAAAGGUUACCAGUCUCCUCGACAGCCCGCGACCACUCAGUUGACUGCGCCGGAGACGCAUGCGCAACCUACGCAAUUAGUGGGAUCCAAGGUUAUGAAGAAAUACACGGGCAACGGACAAAUGAACAGAAAUCCUACCGGUUUGGUAAGUAAGGCGUGCCUCUUUGUUUGUUAAGGACUGUUACCUUUCUUGAGAACUUUGCCUACACUCCGUAUCGACCAUGUUUCUCUUUUUAUCAGACCCCAAGCGCGAUCGACAGAUUUAACACACUACCAGUGAAACCCAGUUCCAAUUUCGUGGACGUAUCUCGCUUUACGAGCAGCAAUUCUUCUCUAAUGACCGGCCGCCAGUCGCCUGUCUACGUCGCUGUACCUGCUGACAGACCUCCUGUGAAGCUUAGAUCGAAAGCGCGCAUUACUCCGCAGGACACAAUCGAUAUAUCCACCAUAAAUGAUCUGAGAAGCAAGCUUUUAAAUGUCGAUGAUUCAGGGUAUGAUAUAGAGAAUAAUUAAUGGGAGUGCAUAGAUAUAGCAUUUCUCUUCAAGCGUUCAACUUGACGUCUUACGAGUGAACGCAGCCUAUGAUAUGACGAACGGUACCGGUUAACAAACAUGGCGAUGGAAUCUCAGCUUUCAAUAUUCAUUUCUAUUGUAAAUAAGUAAAUAUUUACAACACACUAACGCAAUUCAAUCUUGUUUUGUACCAGAACUUUAGUGACUUACGCUCUACAGAAUCAGGAGGAUGAGAAGGUAAUGACUCAAGUACAAGAUUACGUCCAUGAGACUAAACCCUUUCAUGCCCUGAUCUCAUUAAUAAUUCUCCGUUCAGUCUGUCACACAAUUCUUAUGAUGUUAGUUCUGAGAAUUUGUUGACAUUUUUCUUUAUUCUCAUCACUUGUCUGUCUGAUAUUGUAAUGAUAUUUUAAGGAGAAAUUCUGUCUUGAUCACUCAUGGGAGUUAAAGUGUUACAAUUAUUUUGACAAGUGGUCUUUAAUUUUCCCGCAAUGUGAGAAUGCGCGCAUGCAACCUGGUGCUUAUCUUUGAUCAGUUGCCACCAGAUGAGGCGACUAAGAGAUACCCUGCUUCCCAUAGAUGGACGUCAGGAUGAAAAGAAAGUACAAAUUGAGUAAUUGUCUCAGUUUGUAAUGAUAACCAACACUUAUGACUUAUUUUGCCCCCGCAGCCUGUAGCAAGCAGCAGUGACAGCGAGACAGGUGGCGCUCCUUUCGCUACUGAGCAUGCUCCAUCUGACAGCCCGAAGAGCAUAAGAAAUGAGUUGAACAGUGUCACCAUGGCAACUGGUAUAAUCCCAUGGGAAGACAGCUGUCUCCAAAAUGUUGGCUUUGUGACUGGAAAACAUGGCAGGAAGUCACAGUCUCCAGUUAUAUCUCCUGGUAAGGAUAGGAAAGAAGUCCCUGAAGGAGAACUGUUCAUUUUGUCACGAAUGGCGUGGAAUAAUUCCGGUCCGUGGUCCGUAUUGUUAGAAGUUGGACCGGUUAUGAGCGCAUGAUUAGCCAAUCAGAUUCGAAUAAUUAAGAUUCCUGCCCGCUGAGAUGCGUCAGAAAGAAAGAAUGAAAAUGAAUAAAAGCAAAGUAACAUGGAAACAUAAUGAACUAAGAGAACCUUUGAAGGAAAAAGUCCUCUUUCAAGCGAAGCAGCAGUACCCCUGACCGCUGUGUACCACGAAGAGUUUAAUGUAGAUUUGUUUAAACUUGCAAAGGCAUUAACAAUUUGUUCCGUCCCUUGAGCUUACCUCCAAGUUAAUAGCUUUUCGUGUCUGUCUUACUCACUAAACCACAAUGACAUAUAUGAGUAACGUUUACAACAAAUUAAUCUUCAAUUUAGGCAUAGUCCAAAUAGGAAAGGGACUGAGAGACGAGGCGCCUAUGAAUGGUGAAUCAAAGAGGACCGGCUCACUUAAUAAAGCAUCUCGAAGUCCUACCAGAAAUCAGGAAUCAGGUACUGUACUUCUUUAAUAUAUGGACAAGGUGUUUUAAGAAGCAUCCGCUACAGUGAGUCUGCUUAAGCACAGUACUUGAGCACCCGAAGUACAGAUUGAUAGGCGAUAGGUUCGACAAUUGUCGGAAUCAGUCGGUAGGUCUCAAAAGUUAGUCCAAGUAUUAUUGCCUCGCCGACUGAAGUAAACAUCGUUACUCUUCAACAAUAGUCUUCGGCUUGAAAUGUAAAGCUCUUUUUGUUUUCUGCGUUGUAAACGACCCUAUUAUGAAGAGGUUUUUACAAUUCGUUCCCAAUUCAGAGAGAAAAAAUUUUAGCAAUUACAAUUUUAUCGGUAAAAGUGGGUGAAAAUUACUCAAACUGUUUGCUUAAUCCUUCGAAAGCAAUCAUCUCUGAAGCUUGUUCAAACAAAGUGACCUGUUGUGUCCUUUUUCAGGUGCGGCUCCGUCAACAAUUUCCCUGACGUUCCAGUUUGGUUCCGGUGGUUCACCUCGAGAGCAAGGCUUGUCGCCUCCUCAGAGACCACCAGUCUUCCCCCCACAGCUCAAGAAUUUUUUUAGACCUCACGGACCACUCCACAGAUAACAGCAGUGGCGGAGUCACAUGCACUGAAAUCAUAUACAAUAGUUGGCUAAACACAGGCUCCCCUCCGAGAAUACACUAAGCCCGCGAUCUUCAACGGCAUUGCUUACUGUGGCUUAUACUUUUGUAGUGCCUAAAAUCACUGUGGACAGGAUGUUGGUGCAUGCUAGACCUACUCUGUAACUGAAAUCUCAGUCAACUACCCCGAACUCCGUAUGCACGUACCACCUCGAAUCAAGAAGCAUUCCUUUCGCGACAGUGGAAAAUAUGUGUCAAGACUUUCUGUUUACACCCAAACAAAUUUAGGCACUGAAUUAGAACACUUUUCGAUGGAGUGUUGUUGAAGGAAAAUCGAAGUAAGCACAUCAAUCAAUCAGACAAAAAAAAAAAUGAAUGACCAAUGAAAACUCUGACAAGUAUAAACUGCCUCAAGCAGC